UUUAACGGAAAGCGAAACGAGAGAGAAAGGAAGAAGAAAAACGACGACGUAUAAAGGAGAAAUGGGGGAGGGUCUCUACAGGUUUGGGAGUUUGAAUCAGAAGUCGUCGUCGUCGUCGUCGCCACUCUGAUUCAAAUUCCGGCGAGAAUUCGGCAAUGGCUUCGAAAACGAAUCAGUCUCUGCUGCCGGAGAUCGGACCAGACGGCCUUGCUCGCGAGGCCUCCGUCAUUACCUACACUGAGAAAGUGAUCGAGGAAGAACAGCAUCAAUUAAGGAAAUAUAUAGAAGAAAAUUACUCUAAAAUCCGCGAUGUCGAGCGAGAGUUUGCAAGUCUUUCAAUGGAAAUGAAACUCACAGCUGGGCCGAAAAAAUCAGCUCUUGAACACUUGAGGAAGAAAAUAGAGAUGGCAACAGAGAGAAUUCACGCUGCGAAGCUGAAGGAAGAUCAAGCAAAAAAGGCAUGGGAAGCAGCAGCAAAGGUCGUUAAGGAUGAGGAAGCCAUCAAGCAGAAGCUAUGUGAAGACUUAAAUAGUCUGGUACAAGAAAGCAGCAAUACUCAGUUUUCAAGACUGGAGGAGUUAAAAAGACGACUUGAAGCUUUGAACCCAACCAGGUCAUCGGCCUCGGUUUCUCUUGAUGGGAACUCAAUGGGACUUGCUCAAAGUGUCACCACUCCAGAUUCCUCUCAAGUUCCUGGUGGAGUCACUGGUAACAUACCUAAUCAAGGAAAUGCUGGAAACGUUCUGGUAAUGAAUGGGAACAAUCAGCAGCUUCCUGUUGAGGGUGAAGGAAGAGGAAAGAAGAAAAACCAGUUCCAUGGAAGAGGGAAGGGACUUGGAGCCGUGCCCAAGGGCAGAGGACCUCCUGUGCCUGGUUGGACGGGGUCUGGGUUUGAUGUGGAUGGUAGAAAUUAGAAGCAUUAUAUCAGAUUCCCUCAUUGCGGAAGCCAUUGGAAAAGCCUUUGCUCAAUCACUCACCAGAUAUAUUUUUUAGUUCAUCUUUUUUUUUCCUCGGCUCUGUUCUCCUUCCCUUGUAUUCUUUAAACUGUCAUUAACAUUUUCAUAUGGGAAGUGCAAUCCAAGCUUUCUGACUUCUCAUUCGUCCUCA